UUUCUUGGACGCCAAUCUGGGCAGGUACAAUUUAACUCUGAGUGGAGUAUAGUGGGUAGCAUUCCUUGAACAGCUGUGUUCUUUCUCUCACGUGGCAACCAUCGGAACAUUCUCGUGACUGUACAGACAAGUCAGUAGUUUUUGCCAACUACUAGCAUUGAACUACACAAAACUGGUUUCAGUUUGAAUUGAUCAAGCCAUCACUCUGGCCCAUCGGCCUCAGUCUGGCUGGCUUGCUGUUCAAUACAUCCAAGUUACAGGGCCAGUGAUCCUUAAUUAGUGUGUGCAUCAUCGUUCGUUCACUUUAUCGUCCUCCACCCGAGCGAUCUUGGUUCAGGUUACAAAAUUACUGACUGGCCUCACAGUCUACGAAGAAUCGCUGAUAUUUUUACUCGUUAUCUAAUGUCUGUACGAUUUUUUGCCCGCUGUGUCAUAGAAGUUCACCACUCUGUGUUCUAGAGCAAGUCCUUAAAGGAGAAAACAAAAGACCUAUGAGUAAUUUACAGCUUCUGGUCUUGUGCUAUAGCGUGAUUAGUACCAAAAAUAGAAGUAAACGAUUGAAGUGAGAGGUGACUGAGAACAAAGGAAAGUGUCGGCAAUCGUUGAGGAUAGUAUAACCAUUUGUGAUAACGCCACUUUUGGAACCAUGUCGGAAUCAAGCGAUGAAGAGCAAUUGUUACUACCCUCAUCUUCUUCAGCAUCCAAUCCAAUCACCUCCACCAAUGCCAAUGAGAUUGUGGAACCAAACAAUAACGAAGUGGAAAUAAAAACCGCCAGAUCGUGUUGUUCCGGUCAGUGGCAGACUUGGAUCAAUCUUUCAAUCCUAGCCCUAACCGAGCUUUUGGGUGGGUUCACCUUCUCAUUAUUGGCCCCUUUUUACACCAAUGAGGCCACCGGAAAAGGCCUGAGUGUCACCGAGACCGGCCUGGUAUACGGCUCGGUUUUUAUCACCUCCAUCAUUUUUGCUCCCAUCUUUGGAAAGUACAUUGAGAAGAUUGGCUCUCGGAAGCUAUUUCUGUACGGAACAUUUGUCGCCGGGGCUGCUAAUACAAUUUUUGGGUUCUUGCAAUGGGUUGACAACCGUGUUCCAUUCUUGGCCUUGUCCUUGCUCAUUCGGAUCAUUUCGGCAAUAGGCGAAGCGGCCUUUUUCUCGGCAGUCUAUCCCAUUGCUGCUCAGGAGGCCGAGCCCGAAAACCGCUCGAAAGUAUUAUCCAUCAUGGAAACCAUGUUUGCCCUUGGCCUAAUGAUUGGACCUUUCGUUGGAGGAGUUCUAUAUGAAUUCGGCGAUUUCUAUCUACCCUUCGUCAGUUGUGGAGGCUCUCUCAUGUUGUGCUCCAUUUUUGGAUGGAUGCUUUUAAAGACCGAAGCUGAGUCCGAGACAGAGGGCGAUCAAGAGUCAGUGGAAAGUACAAGCUUUCGACAAUUGCUGAAAAUGCCCACUGUGCUCUAUUGUUGCCUCAUCGUUGUUAUCUCAGGCCUUGGAAGCUCUUGGUACCUCCCCUCGUUGCAGCCCUAUGUCGAGAGCCAAUUUCAAUUGAACAGCAUUGCCAUUGGAACCCUGUUCAUGACCGAUGGUGCCACAUAUGCCAUUUUCACACCGUUAUGGGCCUGGUUAUUGGAUAAAGGCAUGCCACCGUUUUAUGUCCUUUUCUUCGGCAACCUUUUCACUUUAUGUGGAUUUCUUUUGCUUGGACCCGCUCCAUUCCUAGACUUUCUCCCUGUGAAUGAAUAUUUGCUCGGCUUUGCACUGGCUCUCCAUGGGUUUGGUGUGGCUGCCAACUUGAUCACAACCCUCACCUUCAUGAUGUCCUCAAGUGUGGAUAUCGGAGGCGCCCCGGACACGGAACAAACCCGAGGCAUGAUCACGUCGCUUUGGUUCAUGAACGAAUGUCUCGGCGACUACAUCGGCUCUCUCGGGGGUGGUUUUGCUUUCGAUUCAAUGGGGUUUGUGAACUCCACCGUGAUCGUGAUUGGCAUUCAACUCGUCAUUUUGGUGUCUUUACCCAUCCUCGGCAAAGUCAUUCGGACCACUCAAACAAGAACCAAGAAUGAAGAGACCGCUCCCUUGUUACGCGGCAGAUCCGUUGAUGGCAUCUGUGAGCGACCCCAGCGUACCUAUUGCUCGAUUAGAGUUGUGUAAUGUAUGAGAAAUCACAAUCACGAUUGCACUAGAUAGCCGCAAGAAUAUCUAUUUUUCUACCCUCAUUGCCGUUUGCAAUUGUCAAGAUCCUUAGCUUGGAUAAUAAAGUUACCUACUUAGUGCCAA